AUGUCUUCCGGUGUUGGUGUCGAUGACGAAGUCAUUACGCAAUUCAAUGAUUUCAAGCUAAAACGUGCCCCACAUGACUAUCGUUAUUUCAUUUACAAGAUUGUGGAUGAUUCGGAGAUUGUGAUUGAAGCUACGGGUCCUAGUAGUGAAUCGUAUCAGGAUAUGGCUGACAAGUUGGCACAGAUUACGAAUGACUGCCGAUACGCUCUUGUGGACUUGGAUUUGACGACGAAAGAUGGGCGUCCUACCAGCAAGAUUGUUUUUCUUUCGUGGUCGCCCGACACGGCUCGGAUCAAGUCGAAGAUGCUUUAUGCGUCCUCUAAAGAGGCGAUCAAGCGCGUUCUGAUGGGUGUGGGUAUUCAUCUGACGGCCACUGAUGCUUCGGAACUUUCCCUUGAGUCUAUUCAGGAUGGUGUGGCCAAGUUCUUGUAG